GGCAGAUCUUCAGGGAUACCGGAGGACGUCUCUUUAGCUCGCAGUCGGAUAUCUGCUUGGUAAACAGUGCCGAAAAAAGAAGCAGUCUCGAGGGACACAGUGCGGUGGUACGAUUCUACAAUGGCAUCAUUUGGAACUUGGGCACCACCCAAUAUCCCAGAAGGAGAGAGUUUUGUUUACGCUCGGCCGCAUACACCAACAGAACCACCGCCACCAACAGUAGAGUACUUUGCAAGUCCAAAACCUGCUUCAUGUCAGCACAAAAAGCGUCGCACUGGGUCUGCAAAAAACAUUGUGGUUGUUGAGAGUGUUGAUAUACCAGUCAACGCUGUACAGCCACCUGGCAGUGCACUCUGCUUGAGUGCACUCUGUGCAAUUGCUUUCACUUGUGCACUGGUUUUCCACGGAUUCAUGUUCUAUUACGCACUUGACACUCCCAUGUGGUUUAUGAUGAGCUGGCCAUUUGUCUUGAUCCCGCCAAUUAUUUGCAGCAGUAUUUACCUCACAGUCAUAUCAAGAAAAGUAUCUGCAUUACCAAAUCCCAGCAUGGUGUACCUGUAUGUAAUAUUCACAAUAACAUAUAUGACAUGGGCAUCAUAUAUCAUUUCUGCAGUAAACAAGGAAGGCAGAUGCAUUGAGGCAUCCCAUUAUUCACUCGUCGUCUCUGUUUUGGCAAUGACUGUUGCUGCCUGUGCCCUCGAAUGGUGGAUGACUGGUUGCAAGAGUAUGCAGCAUGCUGCAACUGACCUGAACUUCACUAUGGCUGUAUAUGAGAAAUCUCCAAUGAAGAGGAAAUUGAUCGUCACGCUGAGAAAUAAUGGGAAGAUUGUCAAGCAAUCUGCAUUUAACUUGGAGAAAUUUAUCAAGAAUUAUGACAUGAACUACAGUGGGCAAUGCAUGCCGGAUAACGUACUGCCCUACAACAACCCAGUCCGCUGCUGGAAUGAGAAACACAAGCAUUGUCCCAUGAGAUACCCUGGAGAGUGCUCAGCAGGUGGCUCAGAAUUCAACAACACUUCUUGCCAUUAUGAGAACGAGAAGUUCAAACAAGAUCGCCCCAAGCAGUACAUCGUGCAGUACGUGGCAGAUGUACCACUGAGAGAUGAUGAUGAUGACGAUGACCAGUAUGAAAACAAGAAAAUCCGAGAUUACAGUAUCGGAGAAUGUGAGACUGACGACUCAUCAUUCAACAACAAUAUAGGCAAAAAUAAUACCACUGCCUAA